CAGAGAGUACUCAAGCUUAUUUUGAAAGGAGAGUACUCAAGCUUAUUCAAGAGUUAGCCAAAAUUUAUAAGCUUGUUUUGUGAAACAUCAAUCAAUUGUUGUAUCCAUACCGUCUAUUACUCUUUGAGGAACGAUAUCGGAAUUAGAGGAUCACAAAAUCUUAUUCUUACAUAUCAUUAGCAUCAAUCUUAAUCAACUUCAAGAGCUGGAGAAUUCAAGUUCUCCCAACGCCGGUGAGCACAUGAGCUCGGAGCUGGAAGAAACACUCUCAGAUUCAAGAUCAUCGAAAGCUCGAAGGUUACAAAAAGCCACCAGCAUCGAACUCAGAAAUCUUUUCCGGUUGGCAAUUCCGGCCAUCAUUGUUUACUUGUUAAACAAUGUUACUUCCAUGUCUACUCAGAUUUUUUGUGGGCAUCUUGGUACUCUCCAGCUCGCUGCUGCUUCCCUCGGCAAUAAUGGCAUCCAAGUCUUGGCCUAUGGAGUCAUGGUUAGCGUUGCUUCAGUGACCGGAGGGGCGGUGUCGAAAGGUGGCUGAGCUUGGAAUGGGAAGCGCGGUAGAGACACUAUGUGGACAAGCUUAUGGAGCAAACAAGUACGAAAUGCUUGGAAUAUAUCUUCAAAGGUCAACUAUUCUUCUCAUGUUGGCAGGACUACCACUUUUACUGCUCUACAUAUUCUCCAAACAAAUCUUACUCUUAUUAGGAGAAUCAAAGUCUGUGGCUUCCGCCUCCGCCCUCUUUGUCUACGGUUUAAUCCCGCAAAUUUUCGCUUAUGCUGCGAUUUUUCCGAUACAGAAAUUCUUGCAAUCCCAAAGCAUUGUAAGCCCUAGUGCAUAUAUAUCAGGAGUAACGCUAGUUUCACACAUCGCCCUAACAUGGGUGGUAUUGUAUGUGUUGGGCUGGGGAUUGCUGGGCGCGGCUCUCGUGUUGAGCUUUUCGUGGUGGAUCAUAGUGGUCGCGCAGUUUGUGUACAUAUUGAAGAGCAAGCGGUGCGAGAAGACGUGGAGAGGGUUCAGCCUUAGUGCAUUCUCAGGGCUGUGGAAUUUCUUCAAGCUCUCUAUUGCAUCUGGUGUGAUGUUGUGUUUGGAGAUGUGGUACUUCCAGAUUCUGGUCUUGAUUGCGGGUUUGCUUCCUAAUCCUGAGGUUGCCUUGGAUUCUCUCGCCAUUUGGGGUGGCUGUUGGGUGUGGAUGGCAAAAAUUUGUAGCCUACGUGAAUGUGGGGUGCUACUAUGUUGUCGGUAUCCCCGUCGGUUCUCUGCUUGGUUUCAAAUUUCGACUUGGAGCUAAGGUAUAAAUUAAAUUCCAGCUAUAUCUAUCUAAAAUAGUUACUAAUUUCGUCCCCUUUUAUGCGUCAUUGCGUCUUGUUUUGAUUUGACACAACUAUUAAUAAAGUUGUUGAAAAAGUAAAGUUUGUGAUUAAAAUUUUAGUAUAAUAAAGUGAAUUCUUGUUGAUUGCAUAUUGUAAUUCAGAGUUGAAUAUUUCCUCGCAUAUCAUUCCCACAACUGAAGAGUGUAUGUAUACAUGAUGUUACAACAGUUCAUAUGGAAAUACAAUAGUUACCAAGGAAUAUACAACACUUUAGGAAAAGAAUUAAAUAAAGUGAUACAGUAAAACCAGCUCUUGUUAACAUUCCCCCUCAAGGUGGAGAAUGGAUAUCUAUCAUUCCCAACUUUUCUGGAGAGAUAUGGAAGACCCUACCACAUACUGCCUUUGUUAAAAUAUCCGCCCAUUGAUCCUUUGAAGGAACCAAUGGAAGCUUAACCGUUCCAUUCUGUAGAUGAUAUUUAAUGAAGUGACGCUCGACCUCCACAUGGUUUGUCCUCUCAUGAUGAACAUGAGUGUGUGCUAUCUUUAUUGUAGCUUGAUUGUCGCAAUUUUGCUUCAUCGGAUCUGUGAGGCUAAACCCAAGGUCUCUUAUAUUCUUUUUAUCCAUAGGAGCUCAUAGACAUCAUGAUCAUUCUCUAAAGUUCCGAUUUCGCGCUUGGUCUCGUAACAAUCUUUUGAUUUUUUGCUUUUCCUUGUGACAAGAUUAACUCCCACGAACGUAAAGUAUUCUAAUGUUGAAUCCCCAUAUGUUCCAGAUCCAUCCCAUUUUGCAUCCGUGUAUCUGCUAACCCCUUUUACUUUAUUUUUCGCAAAAAAUAGUCCGUUUCCUGGAGCGGACUCUGGAUACAUUGGUAUCCUAUAUACAGUUUCCAUGUGAUCUUCACUCGGUGCAUGCAUAAAUCGACUCACUGCACUAACUGCAUAUGCUAUGUUCGAACAAGUGUGUGAUAAGUACAUCAGCUUCCCCAUAAGUCAUUGAUACCUUUCUUUAUUGGCGAGCAGUUAUAUAUAUACCUGUUUCUGCAAGCGGAUCCAGCACAUACUUUCGUUGACACAUGGAUAUACCUUGCUUUGAUCUAGCAACUUCUAUACCUAAGAAAUAUUUUAGGUUUCAAAGGUCAUAUAGUUUGAAAUCUAUUGCGAUCACCUUCUACAAAAUAACCAUUUCUCCAGGGUCAUUUCUUGUGACUACCAUAUCAGCUACGUACACAACCCAUGUUGUUAUGUUCUCCUGUUGUUGCUUAACAAAGAGUGUAUGUUCAACAUCACUUUGGUUGUAUCUAAUCUUCUUCAUAAAGGUUGAAAAUCUUCUAAACCCUACUUGAGGGGACAGUUUGAGUCCAUAUAAUGCCUUCUUUAACUUACACACUUUGUCUUUGCAGUGUAUGCUAGGGGGGUCCAUGUAAACUUCUUCUUCUUCCACUUGACCUUUCAGAAACACAUUUUUACGUCAAACUGUCGUAGUGGCCAAUCUUCAUUCGCUACUAUAGACAAAAGAAUACGAAUGGUGUUUAUUUUUGUUACAGGAGAAAAAUUAUCUCAAUAAUCAUUCCCAGAAUUUUGAGUGUAUCCUUUGCUACAAGUCAUGCUUUAUAUCUGUCAAUGCUCCCUAUAAAGUCUAGUUUGACAGUAUAUAUCCACCAGUAUCCCAUUGUCUUCUUUCCAAAGGGAGAUUUACUAAGUCCCAUGUAUGGUUCUUUUGUAGUACCUCCAUUUCGUCAUUCAUAGCUUUCUUCUAUUUUAGUCUUUCAAAGAUUCUUGGAUGUUGCAUGGAUUAGACACGGAGAUAAUUGUUCUAUCAAUAAUGCCUGAGAUUUAGCUAUCUGAUGAGAGGACACCUAGUUGUUAAUAGGAUAUUUCGCUUGUGCGUGAGAUGAGGUUAAUAGUUCUUUUUUGGGACUCCUCGAUUCUUCCUUAAGGGGUACGUGGGUUCAGGAAGUGUAUCAUACACACCAGGUGUGUUUGAAAUAUCCUGCAAAAAUAAACCGUUAGAAGAAAUGGGGUUUGCGGUUUCUAGGGAUUAUUCUCCUGGACUCUCUGUGGUAAUGAUAGUUGGGGAAGUCGUAGUAUAAUGGUCUUCAAGAGUUCCAACUUCAAGUUUUCCUUCCAUGAAUGUGCUAUCAUCUGCAAUCCCUGGUUCCAUAUUAUCAUCUCCUAAUUCAGUUAAUCCAUCAACUUUAAUCUCAUUGUUUGGAGAAUUAUGCGUUUCACCUAAUUGACCACUUUCGCGGUUAUAUUCAUGCAUGUUCUCUUCUUCUAAGUUAGAUGAAUUCUCCCCCAGAAGAGAACUCUCACUUUCGAAGAAGGGAACGUUUUCAUGGAAUAUAACAUCUCGAGUAACGUACAUUUUCUUCUCCUUAGUAUCAUAAUAUCGAUAACCCUUUUUAAAAAAGCAGUGUACCCCAAUAAAAUGCAUCAAGUAGCUCUAUGUUCCAGUUUAUCCAGGUCUUGAUGUACAUAGGUCGUGCAUCUGAAUACUCUUGGCUCCAGAUUAAUGUUUCAUGAGAUUGUUACCAGUUCAUGAAGUGUUUGGAUCAGGGUUUUGAACUCAAUGACUUGAGAUGGGUUCUGUUCAUGAGAUAAGAUGACGAUUGAACUACCUUUCCCCAGUAUUUACGUGAGACAUUCAAACAAGGAUUCCCGAACAAUCUCUAAAAGUUUUCAUUUCCUUGUUUCUGUUAAUCCAUUUUGCUAGGGUUACCCACACAUGAGGUUUAGUGUCGUAUGGAGUUACGUUUGUAGAAUUUUUCCAUCUCGUGAAUGACAUGUUCACUCCCUUUAUCACACUGUAAAACUUGGAUGUUACACUUGUAUUAUGAUUUAAUCAUUCGGUACAGCUGCUAAAACACUGAACAUGGAUCCCCUUUGUGUUUAAGGAGGGAAAUCCAAAUUAUACAUGUGCAUUCAUCCAUAAUAACGAGCACCACUUGGUGUAGAAAUUUGAGCUAGUCCACAUACAUCCGAGUGAAUAGUCAUAAAAGGAAUCAAACUUUUAGUAUCACUUGGGGAAUACAAUGUUUUAUGGAUUUUGGCCAUUUCACAAACACCACUUAUAAUCAUAGUCUACGAUACCAUAACCAUGCCAACUUUUUAUUCCCUUGAGCUAUCCGAGUAUUGAGGGCAUCUCCAUACUUAUGGUCUAAAGAUAAUACAACUUUCCCCGCCUAGUAUCAUAGCCAAGAAUUUUCUGAUUCUUGAUGUCCUGGAACAUACACUCAUCAAGGCGCAGAAAGUAGCUGAACAUUUCAUUUUUUAAAAUUUGUGAUAUACAUAACAUUUUUUAAGGCAAAGAGGGGACACCUAGAACUUUAUUUAGAUUUAUGGGAUUGGAUACUUGGACCGGUCCUUCACAAGUUACACGGGGAGGUAAGGGUCAGAUUGGUACUCGAAGUUGCAUAAAAAGGGUCAAAUAAGUCCUUACUGUCCAGUCGUCGCCAUUUGAGGCGGUUCCCGGUGGAAUUCUUUGAUGAAAUUUUUUGAGCAUCUUAUUCAUUAAGUCUAG